CGGUCGGGCGGCCGCGGCCAUGACGCAGGGUCCGGGCGGGCGCGCGCCCCCCGCGCCCCCCGAGCCCGAGGCGCCCACCACCUUCUGCGCGCUGCUGCCGCGCAUGCCGCAGUGGAAGUUCGCGGCCCCCGCCGGCUUCCUGGGCCGCAGCCCGGCGGCGGCGCGGGCGGCGGGGGGCGCCGACCCCCAGCCCGAGCCGGCCGGCCCCGCGAGCGUCCCGGCGCUGGCGGCCGCCGUCCUGGGCGCCUGCGAGCCGCGCUGCGCCGCGCCCUGCCCGCUGCCGGCGCUCAGCCGCUGCCGGACCCCCGGGGCGCGCGGGCCGCGGGGCGCGCGGGGGGCGGCCGCGCCCCCAGACGCCGCCGCCGACGAGUGGAUCCGCAAAGGCAGCUUCAUCCACAAGCCGGCGCACGGCUGGCUCCACCCAGACGCCAGGGUCCUGGGGCCCGGGGUCUCCUACAUCGUGCGGUACAUGGGCUGCAUCGAAGUCCUCCGCUCCAUGCGCUCCCUGGACUUCAACACUCGCACCCAGGUCACCAGGGAAGCCAUCAACAGGCUCCACGAGGUGGUGCCCGGCGUCCGGGGCUCCUGGAAGAAGAAGGCACCCAACAAGGCGCUGGCCUCCAUUCUGGGCAAGAGCAACCUUCGCUUCGCCGGCAUGAGCAUCGCCGUCAGCAUCUCUAUCGACGGGCUCAACCUCUCCGUGCCUGCCACGCGCCAGAUCAUCGCCAACCACCACAUGCAGUCCAUCUCCUUUGCGUCGGGCGGCGACACGGACAUGACGGACUAUGUGGCCUACGUCGCUAAGGACCCCAUCAACCAGAGAGCCUGCCACAUCCUGGAGUGCUGCGAGGGCCUCGCCCAGAGCGUCAUCAGCACCGUGGGCCAAGCCUUCGAGCUGCGCUUCAAGCAGUAUGUGCACAGCCCGCCCAAGGUGGUCGUCCCCCCGGAAAGGCUGACCGGGCCGGAGGAGUCGGCCUGGGGGGACGAGGAGGAGACGGAGCACAAUUACUACAACAGCAUCCCUGGGAAGGAGCCGCCCCUGGGCGGGCUGGUGGACUCCAGGCUCGCCCUGACGCAGCCCUGCGCCCUCGGGGCCGUCGGCCAGGGAGCAUCUCCUGCUCGAAGAGACGCCCGUGGCCUGCAGUGGGACCUGGGCCCCUCAGGUACGGCCCCGCCCGGAGACGGCUACGUGCAAGCAGACGCCCGGGGCCCCCAAGACUACGAGGACCACCUGUACGUCAACACACAGGGUCUGGACGCCCCGGAGCCCCUGCAGCCCGAGGACAGCCCCAAGAAAGACUUGUUCGACAUGCGACCCUUUGAGGACGCCCUGAAGCUGCACGAGUGCUCCGUGGCGGCGGGCGCGGCGGCAGCCCCCCUCCCCGUGGAGGACCAGUGGCCCAGCCCGCCGACCCGCCGGGCGCCCAUCGCCCCCACGGAGGAGCAGCUGCGGCAGGAGCCCUGGUACCACGGCCAGAUGAGCCGGCGGGCGGCCGAGAAGCUGCUGCGAGCCGACGGGGACUUCCUCGUGCGCGACAGCGUCACCAACCCCGGGCAGUACGUCCUCACCGGCAUGCACGCGGGGCAGCCCAAGCACCUGCUGCUGGUGGACCCCGAGGGCGUGGUGAUGGUUCUCAGCCCUGGCUUGUGUCCAGCGCCCCAGACGCCCCUGUCGUGGCCUUGUGGGCUCCUCAGCCUUUCUCUGGACCCUGGUCAGGCCGGAAUGCCGCUGUCUCUCCUUCCUCCGCGUGGGCUUCUGGAAUCUUCCUCCUCCAGCCGGCCCUGGCUGGGCUGGGUCAACCAGGCCAGGAGACGGGGCCCAGGACCCCUUUCUCCGAGCCCCCUGCUUGCCUCUGCCCUCCGCCUGGAGCGGGGGUGUACAUACCAAAGACAGGGCCUCUUCUUGCCUUUAAAGAAAAUGUAUCGAAAAGCAGCGCUGGCCGAGGUCCCCGAUGGGCCAGCAGGCCCCGUCCCUUCCUGGCUGGACUUCAGCGUCUCUCCCUGGAAUGGGGGGUAGGGGGUUCCCCAUUCUCUGGUGGACAUGGAUUCCUGUCCUGCCCGGGCUCAGUUUUUCCACCUGAAAAAUUGGUGCACAGUUGUCUUUUUGGGGGAGAAUUGAGGUGGUUUGCGUCCUCAGGCCGGGGUACGUGCUGAUUGGAAGUGAGGGGCGACCUCGGGGCACCCCUGGGAUGAGGGGGGCAUCCAGGCAACUCCAAGACAACUGACACAUGUCAGGGGGUGGUGAGGCCCCCGCCCUCCCGGCUGUCAGCCUGGACCGGACAUUUGGAAUCUGUUUGUAAUUAAAUCUGGGAAUGACCGA